AUGAAGGAGAAAGGAGUGCGUGACAAGGAGAACCAAGACUUGGAGUUGAACAAACUCAGUGUCGAAGAGGUCCGAGCGCGGAAUCGCGAGCUCGCCCAGAUGAAGUCGAUCUUGUUCUACCAAGAGCAGAAAAACAAGCGAAUCAACAAGAUCAAGAGCAAGAAGUACCGAAAGAUCCACAAGAAAGCCGAGGAGAAGCGCAAAGCCGAGGAGCGUGAGGUUGUUCUCCGUCCAAUCAUCAUUCAUCGCCUAGAUGCUGAAACAAACCGACCCCGAGCUCUACCGCGAGCUCCUCGAGAAGGACGCUCUCAAGCGUGUGCAAGAGCGCAUGUCGUUAAAGCACAAGAACACCUCCAAGUGGGUGAAACGCGCGCUGCAGCACGGCGGCAUGGCGAACGCCGCGACUCGCGAAGCGAUCAACGAGCAGCUGCGCGAGGGCGAGCGUCUUCGCCGACGCAUCGAAGGCGAGAACGACGCGGACUCCUCCAGCGACGACGCGGAAACCGCGGGGAACGACGCGUUGCUGCGGGAGGCGCAGUCGGUUCUCGCGGAAAUCGACGGGGACGCGGCGACGACGCAGCGCGGCGUGUUCCAGUAGGGCAGCGAGGGGGCGUGGGACGCAGGAUGGACUUCAUGAAGCGCGCGCUGCAGCGGCAACGCGAAGAAGCCCGCCAAGAAGCGCAGAAACUCAUCCAGGCGCUGCAGGAAGAGAAGGAGUUCGACCAGGAAUUCGAACACGAAUCGCGGGAAUCCGACCCAGAAGAGGAGAAAUCGGAGAAACUGGGGAAAUCGGAGAAACCGGAGGAGGAGGAAUCGGAGAAGGCGGCGGCGAUCCGCGAAGCGCUGAGCGGCGGCGUGGUGCGGAGAGCGAAGCGCGAAGGGAAAAGCCUGGAGGUGAAGGACCCGAUCACCGUCAAGCCGCUCUUCGAGGCUCCGGCAAUUCCCAGCCUCUUCGAGGACGACUCGGCAAUUCCCAGUUCGGUCCAAGACAACGCGGCAGAGCCGAAGGACUCGCGAAGCCAUUUGCUGGACGAUCUCAGCGAAGCCGAAGCGGGAUCCCGCGGGGAAUCGGAGGCGGAUGACGCGCUGCUGGACGAACCCGCGGGGGAGAAUCCGUGGCUGGCGGCAGCGCGUGAUAACGUGAGUCAUGGAGAGCGAGGGACGAAGGAGAAGGAGAAGGAGGAGGACGGCGUGGAUGUGCAGGCCGCUGUCGCCAGACUGGAAGAACGAGCCUCUGCGAAGCGAACGGCGCGGAUGAACCAGGAUGGAUCCAUGCAGAAAACGCCGUCCACCGAAUCAGGGAAACCAGGGAAACCAGGGAAACAGGAGAAACCGGAGGAUGACAAGGGUCCGAAGGUGGUAAUCAUCGAGAAAUCGUCGGAACCGAAACGAAAGGGACCGGUGAAGGGAAUCCUGGGGUUCGAGGACGAAUUGGACCAAGAAGCGCUCAUGGCGCAGGCGUUCGCGGAUGCAGGAGCGGAGCAAGAGUUCGCGGAGACGAAGGCGGAGGUGAUCGAGCGAGAGAGGGAGGAGUACAAGGAGAAACAUCACAUCCAGAACGAUUGGGAGAUGGAGGGCUGGGGCAGCUGGGCUGGAAUCGAUGCGCCGAAGCCGAAGCGAAGACGCCGCGAACCGAAACCGGAAGUGGAGAUGCCGGAACGAAGCGAUUCGCACUUGGAACAUGUGAUUAUCAAUCAAAAGGCGGAGGCAAGGGAGCGCGCGAUGCGCGUGGAGGGCGUGCCGUUCCCGUUUACGUCGCGCGAACAGUACGAACGCGCGAUGCGGAAGCCGCUGGGAAGAGAGUGGAACAGCAAGAGCUCGUUCUUGAGUUUGACGAAGCCGGAAGUGAAGACGCGCAUGGGAACGAUCAUCGAUCCGAUCAAAAUGCCGAAGCGACAUCGAAAGUGA